AACCUGUCAAUUGGCAUUUUAGCAGUAGUGGUGGUGGUGAGAGAAUGUCUCAACUUUUGUAACACGAGAUUUUGAGGGAAAAAUUUUCGGGCGUGUGCUUGUUUCGUGCCCAAAACACAAAGUGAGAGACACCUUAGUGACUCCCGCGAUGUGCUAAAGUGCGAACAAAGUGUGCAAAUAGUGGACUUUUUGGAAUGGUUUCCCCUCUAGAUCGUUUUGCCUAAGAGAAAAAUAAAAGAAAAAAAGGAAAAUAUUGUGUGUAGGAAAAACACCCUUGCUUAUCCUCUCUCUUUCUCUCUCUCUCGCUUUUUAUCAUCCUUCGCGAAUUUUGUGACAAGGAUACAAAUUUUACAUCCUUUAAAAUUUUUCGAGUGUUUCGCGAUGGUUUCCGCAACUUCGGUCUUCAAUUUCUAUGCAAACCAGCAAAAGGAGUGAUAAAAAAAGCAGAAGUGGAAAAAAAGAAUCCAGAAAUUGUGCUGUUGCUGUCUUUUUCAAUAUCAACCUUCUUCCUUGUCCAUUUGAUCAACGUCUCGAGAGAGGAAAAUCAGUGAAAAAAAUAUAUAUAGAGUUUCAAGUGUAUGUUAGUGUUGAGAGAUAAAAAGAAAGAAAACGUGACAGUAGUGAAAGAAAAUUGAAUUUUUAAAAUCGACCCUCAACAUCCUCAAUGUGGUUCUGUGUUAAUAGGAAAACUCAAAAUUCAACAACAUUUUAGGAAUAUCUACAAGGUGCUAGGCCCUACAACUUUGUGAUAUAGUAAUUGUUAGACGAGGAGGCAGCAAGAGGAGGAAUGAAAUCAUAAUAGAGAUCCUAGAAAAAAAGGUGGAAAAUUGCAGUAGUGAAGUGAAAAUUUGCAAAAAAAAAAGGAAAGCUAUUUGUCGGAUAAAAUUGAUUGUGGUGUUAAGAGAAGCUUUUCAGCAGCCCAUAGAAAAUGAUUUCGUGUGAGUUGCAGAUAAAUUUACACUAAAGUGGUUGUUUUACAGUGAAACAGAGAGAAAAAAGUGAAAAGAGUGUAUGCAAAAAAUUUAAUUUUUAUGUAACGUAGUAUUUUUCUUCUUCAGUCUUCAGUGCAAAAUCCCUCAAGUCUGUUGAGAUAAAAUUAUGUGGCAUGAAAAUUUAUGUGAAAUAUAAUUUCUUUGCUAUAUAAGUUAAUCACCGAUAAAUCGAUUUGUUGCCCAGAAGAAGUUGAAUUGAGUGGAAGUUGAUAGAGGGAGCAUUGAGAGACAGUUGAGUGGAAUAAGAGAAGUUUCUGAGCUGAAAGGGGGAUAAAAUGUGGGUGUCUCUGAGGGAGAUUGUGCAAUUGGCAAACAGUGGAUGUUCUAGAAAUUUGUCCUCCACCUCAAUUAUCGUGAGAUGUCUGGUAUCAAUACUCCUCCUCUUGCAUAUUGUCGGUGUUGAUGUCACAAGAGCCGAAGACAGUGAUCAGGGAAGGUCAGCACGUCUGAGGCGAACGCCCAUCUAUCAGAAUGAAUUCGCUGUUUACAUCCCGAAUGGCGAUGAAGACACUGUCAAUCGAAUAGCCUCCAAGCAUGGCUUCACUAAUAUGGGACAAAUUGGCAGUCUCAAGGACUAUUAUUUGUUCCAUCAUCAUCGCAUUUCCAAGAGAUCCACCGCAACCAGCGACAGUCACCAUGAAGCACUAAACUCUGAGCCAGAGGUUCGAUGGUUUCAGCAGCAACAUGAGAAGGUGCGCAAGAAACGUGAUUAUGGUGCUCCUGGCUCCGGAAGUAUUAGAUUUCCGACCACUGGAGCCACAGUGUCGACAUCAUUGCUGAGGAAUAUUGCCCCUGAGUCACAGAUACACUACAGAGACACUGGACAGCACAACAUCUUCCCCGAUCCCCUCUUCAAGGAACAAUGGUACCUGAAUGGUGGUGCAAAGGAUGGUCUGGAUAUGAAUGUGGGACCAGCAUGGCAGAAGGGUUAUACGGGAAAGAAUGUGGUUGUGUCGAUUUUAGAUGAUGGCAUUCAAACAAACCAUCCCGAUUUGGCACUCAAUUAUGACCCAGACGCAUCAUAUGAUAUCAAUGGUAAUGACUCAGACCCAAUGCCGCAGGACAAUGGUGAUAACAAGCAUGGCACCAGGUGUGCUGGUGAGGUGGCCGCUGUUGCAUUUAACAACUAUUGUGGGGUGGGCAUAGCUUACAAUGCUAGUAUUGGGGGCGUACGAAUGCUGGAUGGAAGUGUAAAUGAUGCGGUUGAGGCUAAGGCUUUGGGUCUCAAUCCUGACCACAUUGACAUAUACAGUGCAUCGUGGGGUCCUGAGGACGAUGGGAGUACGGUAGAUGGCCCCGGUCCGUUGGCCAGGAGGGCCUUUAUCUAUGGCGUAACAAGUGGACGUCAGGGAAAGGGUUCGAUAUUUAUUUGGGCGUCAGGAAAUGGUGGACGCUACACGGAUUCAUGCAAUUGUGACGGUUAUACAAAUUCCAUUUUCACCCUGUCCAUCUCAAGUGCCACUCAGGGAGGGUAUAAACCCUGGUAUCUUGAAGAAUGCUCCUCUACCUUAGCAACAACUUACAGCUCAGGUACCCCUGGGCACGAUAAAAGUGUCGCCACUGUUGAUAUGGAUGGUCGUCUUCGACCAGACCGAAUCUGCACUGUCGAACAUACGGGCACUUCAGCUUCAGCUCCCCUGGCUGCUGGCAUCUGUGCCCUUGCCCUCGAGGCCAAUCCCUCACUCACAUGGCGUGAUAUGCAGUACCUUGUGGUGCUGACAUCCCGACCUGAACCAUUGGAGAAGGAGAAUGGUUGGAUUCUCAAUGGCGUCAAGAGAAAGGUAAGCCACAAAUUUGGUUAUGGCUUAAUGGACGCCGGUGCCAUUGUGAGCGUUGCUGAGCAAUGGACCACCGUACCACCGCAGCAUAUAUGCAAAAGUCGCGAGAUCAACGAGGAACGCUCCAUUGAUGGUACUUAUGGUUACACCCUGCAGACCCAUAUGGAUGUCAAUGGGUGUGCAGGAACUGUUAAUGAGGUGCGCUUCCUGGAGCAUGUUCAGUGCAAAAUAACCCUUAGAUUCUUCCCACGCGGUAAUCUCCGAAUUCUCCUGACAUCACCCAUGGGUACUACCAGUACACUUCUCUUUGAACGACCUCGAGAUGUUGUCAAGUCCAAUUUCGACGACUGGCCCUUCCUCAGUGUUCACUUCUGGGGAGAGAAGGCAGAAGGUCGAUGGACCCUUCAGGUCAUUAAUGGCGGACGUCGACGUGUCAAUCAACCCGGUAUCCUUUCGAAAUGGCAACUCAUCUUCUACGGCACCAAAAGCAAUCCAGUUCGAUUGAAAAAUGAAGGUCUCCGAAGCAGUGGACUUCCACGAAUCUCCAACCCAUUUGUCUUUCCCACAGAAACCGACAUGAACCAACCCUUAGUCGGGAACUACUACGCCCCUGAUCUCUAUUCCGGCUAUGUCAACUACCAAAAUAUCUACACUGGAGCCGCUAGUUCCCAAGACAAGACCUACAUUACAAUUGGGGGACACAACAUUCCUACAACACAGCGAGAAAAUGUAAUGGCGGAUGCCAAUAAUAAAGUCGUCCUCCAUGAUUGUGACCCAGAAUGCGAUCAACAGGGCUGCUACGGCAAAGGUCCUACUCAAUGUGUCGCCUGCAAACACUACAGACUCGACAACACCUGUGUGAGUCGCUGCCCACCAAGGAGUUUUCCCAAUCAAGGUGGAGUAUGCUGGCCAUGCCAUGAAUCCUGUGAAACCUGCGCUGGAGCUGGUCAGGACAGUUGUCUGACAUGUGCCCCGGCACAUUUGCACGUGAUAGACUUGGCGGUGUGCUUACAAAGUUGCCCCGAAGGUUACUAUGAAAAUUAUGAGAAUAAUACUUGUGUACCAUGUGAGGCAAAUUGUGCUUCAUGUCAAGAUCGCCCUGAUUUCUGUGCAAGCUGUGAUCAUCAUUUAGUAAUUUACGAGAAUCGCUGCUAUUCAGCUUGUCCACUGCAUACAUUUGAAACUGAAGACUACAGUUGUGCCCCGUGCCAUUCAUCCUGUCUGACAUGCAAUGGUUCAUCAGAGUCCCAGUGCAUCACAUGCAAGCCUGGGCGAUUUGCUAUUGAUGGCAAGUGCGUCAAUAGCUGCCCAGAUGGCUUCUACAGCGACAAGAAGCGCCAAGAGUGUCUACCAUGUAGCACAGGCUGUGCAACAUGCACCACCAAUGGCGUCUGUCUCACUUGCAAGCCCAAUUGGAUUAAGAAUAAGAAGGGAAAAUGCAUUUCAGCAGGAAGUGAAAUUUGCGAUGAAUCUGAGUACGCGGAGAAUGGCCAUUGCCAUCCGUGUCACUCAACGUGUGAGUCAUGCACAGGGCCGUCAGAACACGACUGCCUCUCGUGCUCGGCUUCUCUGCUGCUGCAGAACAGCCGAUGCGUGAGUGCGUGCGACGACAGUUACUACAUGGAGGCAGGUGUGUGCGUGCGUUGCCUACACACAUGCACGAAGUGCGUGUCACGCAUGAACUGCACAGUAUGUGCACGUGGUCUACAGUUGCAGUCAGGUGAGUGUCGAACCACGUGCGCCGAGGGCUACUACAGCGAUCGUGGCAACUGUGCCAAGUGCUACCUUAGCUGUCAAACGUGCAGUGGUCCACGGCGUGAUCAGUGCGUGACGUGUCCGACGGGUUGGCAACUUGCCAGUGGCGAAUGCCAUCCCGAGUGCCCAGAGGGCUUCUUUAAGGGUCCUUUCGGGUGUCAGAAGUGCCAUCACUACUGUCGCACGUGCAACGGAGCUGGUCCGCUAGCGUGCACAUCCUGCCCGUCACACUUUAUGCUUGACGGUGGUUUGUGCAUGGAGUGCCUAGGCUCACAGUACUACGAUCCACCGACACAGACGUGCAAGACGUGCCACGAGUCGUGUCGCUCAUGCAGCGGACCCGGCCAGUAUUCCUGCGUCACAUGCGCCUUCCCGCUCCAUCUCGACCGCCUAAAUAAUCAAUGUGUGCCUUGUUGUGCAUCCGACGCAGCCCCCGAUGACCAAACUUGUUGCCAUUGCAACAAAGAUACAGGUGGUUGCAUAAAUUCAUCUCCGGCCGGAAAGAGGCGGAUACAAAUUGGGGCGGAACAGGCACUGAGUCAACUUGGUGUGGGUGCUUUUGGUGCUUUUGGCCAGACGGCAUCAACAUUUCUGGAUCCUGAGGCUAAAGGAUUCCUCAAUCACCUAACAUCACCCCAAAUAACCAUUGCAGCCCUCACUGUAGCUGCACUAUUGCUCAUUAUUUGCAUUAUUCUCAUUGUUACAGUUGUAAAGAAAAAUAGUUACCAUCGAUAUACGGGAAUCAAGUAUAAUAAAUUGUCACAGAAUUACCAGAAGACUGUGGUGAGAGUUCCAGUAGAGGAUACAAUGGUUGGAGGCCUGUGUCAUGACGAUGACGAUGAGGAAGAUGAAGAAGAGGCUGACGGUGAAGUUACCUUGUAUAGAAAUACAUGAAAAUAUGUAGGGGGCAGGGAAACCAUUGAAGGUGGUUCGAGGCGUCCCAAUGGGGCUAAACAAUUAAAUACAAUAGAGAAAAAGAGCAACAAGGUGGGUAGAUUAAAUGAGAAUACUCCGUUAAUGGGUUCACAAGAAACAGAAGCAUGAGAUUUUAACAAUAGAACAAGGAAUACAGCCAAAUACACAACAAGUAUAAGUUGAGCAAAUGACGAACAAAACAAAAAAAAAUAACAAAACUGAUGAAAAAGACAAAAUAAACAUAGCCAAGUAUUGCAACAGCAUAUUCUAAUUAUUACUAAAAUGAUACAGCAAAAAAAAGAGAGGAGAAAAAGUAACUUGAUAAUGAAAAGCAACAACUACUGAUUAAAGAAAACAUUUAUAUAGAAAUGAAUACUACUACCAUAGACCAUUCUCUUAGCCAUAAAACAGUUGUUGAGGACUUUUCUUCAUUUUCCCCUCUGUAAUUUUCAUAAGUUUGUUUCUAUGUUUAAUACGUGCUUGUUUUCUUAACCCAAACUUUGUCUAUAAAGUUCGUAUCUUGCUGCUGGGAGUGCAGAGGAAAUUAAGGAAAUGUCUCUAUCACUUGCCCUGUCUGAAAUAUAUGUGCUUAAAAUCUGUCAAACUUACAAUUUGAUGUCACUUACUGAAAAGUGCACUGAAUGUAAUUAAUUGAAGUUUUGUCCCAAUUUCAUUUUCUUAAAAGUCAGCGGUACUUUACUGUCUGGUAGCCCUUUAUUGACGUUGCACUGACGUGAAACAUGUCCCGUUGGUGUGACGUUGGCAAAUGCUGUGAUACUUCACGCAAAAUAAAAUAAAUUCCUUAACGCAUACUCUGCAGAUACUACACGUAGCGACAUCUACCUUCCAACUAAAUAUACUUAAACAUUUUUGACAUUGUUUGCUAAACUUUGACAUUUGAAAAGAAAAUGACAGCUGUCAUACAAGUUCAUUAAUUUGGUACAGUAGUGUGUCGCUAUAGUUCAUAUUUGGUUCCAAAUUUGACACUUGGGUCGCACUAUAGUCCAUGUCAUUUUUUAAAAUUAUCAACGACUUUUAGUAUUGAAAUUGCUCGCCGGGCUUCCACUUUCUUUGCGAUUGUGGUACUUGUCCUCGUUCUCUUCAUUAUGGAUCACAAUUAUCGCAACUACUCAAUAAAGUUUGCCAGAAAUAUUAAAAUAAUUUUGACAACAUUGCAUGUCGCGUACUAAAAAACAUAACCUAGCUUAAAAUCAGUGUUUUGAAAUCAACGGUCGAUAAAUUGUGGACUAUAGAGCGAUGGCCAAUAGCGGGGCUCUACUGUAAUUUCAAGCUGUGUUCCUGUGUACCCGUGUUAAACGAUACUUCAUAAGCUUCAUAAGAAACACAGAAUUUUCUUCGCUCAGUACGUUCACUUGAUAUAAGGGUAUUCCGGGUUUAAAAACAUUGCUGGAACCGAAAAACCACACGAAUUUAUAAUUAGCAAUGCAGAAUAAUUGCUAUAUCUACGCAUUUGCCCUGAGUUCCUAAACUAAUUGUUUGAUUAUUUAAACAUUUUUUUAAAUAAAUAUUUUAAAGGUUUAAAUUCAAAAUACAGUGCCGGCUUCGUUAUCCGGAUGAUUGGGAGACAAUAUGACAGAUGUCCGCUUCGCAAUCCGGAUGGAUUUUUUGAAUUUGUUCAAUGUCUUGAAAAUAUAAUACAAGAUUUUUCUGUAGAAUUAAUAUAAAAGUUUUAAAGAUGCUCAAAAAGACAUAAUUAGAGAAUUCUAUGCUAUUAAACUUCAUUUAUUAAGCAAAAACAUCACAGGAUAAUUCAUUUUCAGUGCUGAAAGCACAUGCAUACAUUACCUCAAAAUUAUUUUGAAUGUAACCGUCGAUAACUCGUCUGGAUUACGCCGAUCCGGAUUACAGAGCGGGCAUGGUAUACAAUUUAUCACCCAACAAUAGGGAAAAGUCAUCAUUAUUUUGCUAAUCCCGGAACCCUAAUGCAAUAGGCAGGCUUGCAACUUAAGCCGAGAGACGGCUUAACGUAAUUAUAAUCAAAAUAAUGAUCAGAUUACAGUUUCAUCAGCUUCUGACUAAUCCGUCUUUCCCAAUCGGUCUUUCUUGGCUAAAAAAUCUCAUUUGAUGAGUAAUUUUUCAGUCGUACGUACGUAAUUUUAUGGUCGUCCUGAGCAUUCACAGCAAGAGUUUGCCCAAUAGAAAGGCAUUCGAAGAUCGCUUUCGAAAGCUAACGAAAUGAUAUUUUUACUUUUCGUUUCAUUCGCGUGGUGGCUGAAAGACUUAUUUUUUCGAAUUUCGAAGUGUAUCGAAUGUCAACGUGUGUCAGUCUUAACUUUAUUAAUGGGAAACAAAAGAGCCUCAGUGGAUCAGUUGGUAGAGUAGUGUCUCUAUGACUGUGAAGUCUCGGGUUCAAAACUCGGCAGCUGCAGAUUUUUCAGUAGCCAUAUCGAAUUAGUCCAGUGAAUGGACUAAUUCGAUACUUAUGUACUUCCUGCUCGAAUUUCGAAGUGCCUAAUUGUCAAAAUUUGAUCUUUAUUUUGUUGUGAGGAAAAAUACCCUAUUUUAUUAAUGUGACUUCUGACAAUGCCACGUGAUCUGAAAUGGUACUGUCGCAUCUGCAGAAUCACAUUUUCGAAAAAGCCCUCCUGAGAUUCAAAUGCAAUUUGUUAGAUAUCAGUGUCAGAAAGUUAUAGAAUUCCCCUACAGAAGGCUAAAAAGUUCACAUAUUCGCCGUUUUUGUGCUGGCUGUCCUUCCAUUUUCGAAAUUCUUAACACUUCAGUUGUCAACAUUGUCAAUAACAGUGGACUUUUGUGUAGUUUUUUGAAACUUCAGAAUGGUAAAACGUUUGAAUUUCAACUUCAAAUGGAAAGUUCUUAAAUCGCGCGUAAUUCAACUGUGAGAGAGAGAAAGAGACACAAAUAACCCACUUAACAAACGUCUGGCGGCGCUGCGGUUGCAAAAAAUCUCUGAAAUGCGACAAAAUAUUUUCUUCUCUAUUUUAUCUUUAUUAGCAGGUCGUGUCCCUUCUUGAAAUAUGUACUUUUGCAUUCCUAAUGAACCAAAAUAGUGUUGCACAAAAGGGUUUUUCUCAAACCUAUCCUGAAUUUUGGGACAGCUCAAAAGAAGAUGAGUCUUCCACCUCAAAAUUUCAUCCCAAUGUUUUUGUUGUAAUAUCGACAGUUAUGCACUAUUAACCCAAAUAACUGUAUUCAACUAAAUUAUUGAAAGGAUUUUCUUGUGAAAAGGACUUAACUCUAGGGAAUUAAACAAUUUUCACAUUAAAAAACCUCUCAUUUUCUCUACGUGAAUUUUCGCGCCAUUUCGAAGAAUGCCAACAGGCACCACCAAAUUCACUUCGGCUUUUCUUUUAGCUCACCGUUAAGAUAGUGCUAAGAGUAUCUAACGGCGAUUUACCCCUAAAUAUUAGUUGGGAUAAGUAUUAACUGAAAAUUUUGUGUUAGGGGAAAUUUCUUCGAAAUUCAAAAAAAAAAACUGUCAGCGCUAAAGCGGUGAAUAUUAGUAUUUCUCAUAUAAGCUUUCGGUGGUUUUUCGAAAAGAUUUCUUUUGAUUUAAAACAUUUACAUGAAGGUUAUUAUCGAUUGAUCCUUACUGAAUUACUUAAUCUUGGAGACUUUUAAAAAGAAACUUUUUCAUCUAAAAACGAAUAAUGAUAGUAGAAUCUUUAAUAUAAAAGAUUCGCUAUGAACACUAGCGACAUCUAUUAGAAAAUAAAUUAAAAAAUCUAUAUAGCUGUAAUAUCAAGAAAAUUGUAACUUUAAUCUGAGCAAAGAGUCCUAGAGCUUUCAAACUUGAAGUAGCAAAUCACUGUGCCAAGUAACUAUAAUUUGAGAUCUUUGGGAUAAUCAAAGGAUUAUCCAAAAAAUUUCUAUUUUCGAAAGAAAUUCGUAUAUGAAUUGCCCUGAUCUUCCCUAGGGCUAAGUUAUUAUAUGCCUAAAAUCUCCAUCUUCCAAUCAGUAGAGAUACGAACAUUGGACAAAGCGCGAUAUAAUUAAAAUUUAAGAAUUUUUUCCAUUUUACUCUGUUAUCUGGAAGAUUAUUGAAAUUUUAGUACACUAUUUUACAACUUGUUUAAUAUAAAUUUGUCCAUGAAUAUUAUGAAUAUUUAAAUUGCUUUCUAGACGUUCUGUAUAGGACCAAUAGUGGACCUUAAAUUAAAUAAAUCUGUUUCUUUGUUCACUUAAACAAAGUCUCGUGUCCUUUUGUUUGACUAAUUCCUUUGGUUUUUUAGUAAAUGAAUGUAAAUUGAAAUUGGAACAAAGGAAAUAAUUUAGUGAGUUGAAAACCCUUUAUCAAUUUAUGUACAUGACAAAGCCAUUCCAAUUGAAAAUCUCUCAAUUUCUGACUAUUAUUUCUUUUAAAUUUCCUUUUGAUUUACCAAAUGAAAAUGAACAUUAUUUUUCCUCUAUUACUUCUUGUGUUUGUAAAUUUUUAUACUCAGUUCUUCAAUUUGUAUUACGAAGUAUGAUUGGUUGUAAAAAUUGUUUAUUAAUUUUUUUUCUAAGCAGUAAUAGUUUUUAAAAGGAACAUCCUAUCGGCUUAAGAAAAAUUGAGGAACCAAAAGAAUUGAUAGAGGAAUGAAAAUUUAUAUAUAUAAAAUAAUAAAAAAAAAGAAAUAUAAAACUUGUUAUAAUAAUAAAACAAAAAUACGCCAAGAAUUCAAUGAAAAAGGAUCUCUAUUUCAUUUUUAUUGGCAAUUAAAAAGGAAGAAAUAAAACAAAAGUGAAAUUCAGAAACUGAAUAAACUAAAUAAAAAGUGAAGAUUGCGUCUUCUGUAAAUAAAUAAAUAUAUAUAAAAAUGAUUUAAAAAAUAUAAAUAUUAAUAAUACUAUAUUUAACUAAAUAUUAUAAUACAAUUUAUUGAAAUUAUUAUACCUUUAUUAUUAAAAAAGAAAAAAAAAGAAAAAAACAAGAGAAACGCGAGACACUAAAGUGAAACAUGGAAAAUGGUUAAAUGUAAAACAGUUUUUAUACGAAACAGUAAACGUUUUAAGUAGGAAAAAAAUUAUAAAAAAAAAUAAACAAAAAAAGGAAUUGCGAAAUAAAUAUCUAAAGAGGAUUCUUUGUUAUUUUGUUAUUUAAGUAUAAUUGUGAUGUGAUUUUUGCCGUGUUAUAAAACAAUGUUUUUCAUAUACACAAGAAAACAUUUAUUAAAAUAAUAUUACUCAAAAUUAGAAAAUAAUGCUGGAAGUGACAAAAAAAAUGAAUAAAGCCAAUUUCCAUGAUUGACAACAAAAUUUAAAUGAGAAUUAUCGAAAAAUUGAGGUGAAUUUAAUAAAAGUAUUACAAUAUAUUUUUUUUAAUUUUAUUAAGUUCACAAGAUAAACUGCAAGAACAAAAAUAAUAUUACAUGCUACAAAUUGCAUUAGAAACCACCAAAAGAACAUAAUUGUGAUAAAAUAUCAAAUCACACCGGAAAAUCAUGAAAACUAAUGUAAAUUUUUUUAUUUCCCAUUUUUUUUACAAGCAACAUAAUGUUUUUUUAAAUAAAGAAAAAUAUUUGAAAAACAACCAACAGUAAAUAGGAAUAUAUUUUAGGUGAGAAUUUUAUUAGGUUAAUUUAUGUAAUAGAGAAAAAUGAAUAUAAAACUAAUGUAAAUUUUUAUUUCUUUCACACUUCAAAAUACCAACUUAAAAAAAAUGUAAUAUAAAGUAAAGAAGUAUUUAUCAUCACUUUCAAUCCCUUUAUAAAAAGAGAGUUGAGAACCUCUUAAGCUUUUUUGCUAAAGAGAAUGUAAAAUAAACAUUAGUAAAAACCGAUGGAAACUAAGUGGAAGACUUUGAAGAAGGAAUAAAAAAUCCAAGGAGCUGUACACGGAGCUUUUUUACGUGCAAAAAUAUUUUUUGUCCUGCUCACUCGAGCGACAGACUUGUCAAAAAUAUUAGUGGUUUCUGUGCAAACUGCUAGAAUUCUAGCAAAAUUUUCAGAUUUUUUAUUUAAAGGUUUUAUCAAAUUCCUGCAAAUUACUGGAAUUGAAGAAACCUCACUAGACUGGGACCGAAAAAAGAACGUUCGUUUAGAGAAGUGGCUGACUUGGUAACGGAAUGGAAAGGGUUGUAUUAAGGUCUGUGUCCUAGGUCUUAAAGUAGUUUCUUUAGACCCUGGAAAAAAGAAUUUCAUAAUGCAAAAGUAAAAGCCAAUAUGAUUUUUUAGCAGUGCUAGAAUUUUGCAAUAAUUCUAGCAAAAUUAAAGAUUUACAUAAAAAUGUCUGAAAUUUCAGAUAUACGAGUUUUUGUUAGACUUAUGAAAGACUACGACGAUUUUUGGAAAACUGCUAGAAUAUUUGCAAUCACUUAAAAGUCCUGCAAAAAGAUUUAUAGGUACCGUAGAUGCGGGUGACUUUGACCCCUUAAAUUCGUAAGCUUUUUUUUAUUCUAAUGUUUAAGAAUGGUCCACACCGAUUAAACAUGGUCGAUCGGAUCGGUGAAGACCCUCAUUAAGUGCUAGAAUUAAAGAAAAGUUUACGAACAAGAAAGUCACCCACGGAUAAAUUUCUAGAUUUUUUUAUACAACGUAUUCCAAAAAAAAACACUGUUUAGAGAAAAACGUUGAGGAACUGCUAGAAUAAUCAGGAUAAAAUUCCAUAGAUACAAAAAUUUUAAAACGUGCGUCAAAAGAAAUCCAGCAGUCUGCAAGAAAUUUUCUAAGUAUUUCUAAACAAAUAAAUGCUGAUUCAAUUGUACGCAUGAUGCCGUUUCUUAGACUUGUAGUGAGUCGAAACGAGUUGAAGUGCACACGGCAAUUGGUUGAGAUCAGUGGCAAAGAUAAUCAGGGCCGAUGCCCCCACAGUUCAGUUGGUAGAUCAUUUGCCUAAAAAAAGUGAAAGCUCCAGUUCAGGCCAUGGUGAAGAUAGAAAUUUUUUCCUGGCCCUACUUGGGUGAAAUUUUUUGGAUUUGGGUAACCCCAGUUCUGAUUGUCGGCCCUUUGUGUGCAGAAAUACAAAAAUUAUUGGGAUUACGUACAAAGCGAAUAGAAGUCUGUUUAAAAACACUCAUAAUAAAUAAUUUUCAUUCACAAGAAAAAAACUGCUGCAAUUUUUCUAAUUAGGGAAGCAAGAAUUAUAGUUAAAUGCUAUAAUUCCAAAUUAUUCUAUUUAGUUUUGCAAUUUAAAAAAAAAAGUUUUGUUAAAUUAACAGGAAAAGUUUAAUUUUGCUCAAUUUAGACAAAUUAAUAUUGCGAAAAUUCUAGCAGUUAAUGAAUUUCUUAGAGCAAAAUCACAUUGACGGUGAAAUGCUCACCAUCACCGUUAAAGCCUAAUCGUAUUUCAUAAAUUUAUGCAAUUUGUGCAUGAAUUUACGCUUCAAUGUGAUUUUGCUCUAAGAAAUUCAUUAACUGCUAGAAUUUUCUCAAUAUUGAUUUGUCUAAAUGGAGCAAAUGAUUUCAUUGAUAUUCUCGAUUGAUAUCAAAUAAUGUUUAAAAAAUAUCAUCUAUGAUGUACUUUAAAAUAGUGCUAGAAUUUUUGCAGUUAUUCAUGUAAUUAAAUGAAUUGUUAUUAAACGGUUUAUUGCUGAGGGGAAAAAGUGCUAGAAUAACCGCGAUCACAAUUUUUAAAAAUAAUUGAAAGCAAAUGAUUUUAGUAAUAUUUGUUUAUUAUUUCUCAAAUUUUCCUAAAGAUUUCUUUAUUUUUUUUUAUUUUAAGAAAAUAAAACUUCUAGAAUUUUUACGAUCAUUAUUUGCGCAGAUUUGUGAAGAUGGAAACCGUAAAGUAAGCCAGUCUCCAGUAAUUCAUAUUCUAAAAUUAUCAACUAAAAUACUUGAAAGUAAAUUAUUUAUUUAUGAAAACUUCAAAUUACAUGGAUAAAAAGUCCGGAAGUCAGAGUUUGAAAUAAAAAUUCUUGCAGCUGUUGAGUCAUAUUGAGAAUAUCCUUAAGAAUACAAUGAGUAUAGAGAAAAAGGAAAAAUAAUUUUUUUGACCUUGUCGCAAAAAUACUAAAAUACUUAAUGGAUAAUCUACUUGCUAGAAAAUCAAAUAUAGUUCUUCUAGAAUUUUUGGGCAUUUUUUAUUCUUUUGCAUAUGAGUUAGUGGAACAGAGAAUUUUUACACAGAAAAAGCUCCAUGAGUAGCCCCUUAAUGUGUAUAAUUAAUAUACUAAAUUUUAUUAAUUGUGACUAUUGUGAUUUUUGAGGAGCGUUUGAAUAAAAGUCAAAAGGCAAAUAAAGUGAUGAGUAAUAAGAAGAUAUACGAAAUUGAAAUAAAAAGAACAAGUUAAUUUUUUAUUUUGUAUUCUUUGUUAUUUUGUUGUAGUGCACAUUUAGAGAGAAUUUAUUAAAAAAUUGUUCAGAGCUGUGAAGUAUCACAAAAUAGACAAAAUGAAAAGGAUACAGUAGUGCUUACGGGGCACUGAAAAAAUGUAUUUCUGAUGACAUAAACUCAUAAAGUGACAAUUUUAUUUUUGCCUCAAGUAAAGCUCCCCAUAGAACAGUGUUAAGCUGAUAAAAUUUCUUCUUUCUUCCCUUUUUUCCGUUGAAAAAUACAUAACUUUGACUGGAGGAACAAGAGAAAAAAAACAAAUAUGAAAAAAUGCUCCACUUUUUUGAAACCUUUUGAAUAUAACUAGUAAAUAAUAAAAGAGUGAAUUCUCCUUGAGAGAAUGUAUAAAUUGCCAAUGUUUUAAGCACAAUGUGAAGAGGAGUAUUACACAAAAGAGAUGAUUUCAAAAGAGAAUGUGAAGUAUGAAGAGAAUGAGAGGAGAAAAAAAGAGAAAAAAAACAACCAUGAAAUACAUUAAACAAAAUUCCAAAUGUUUUUAUAAUAUACCUUAAAAAUAUUAAUAUAAUGUGGUGAUAUGUUAAAUCAA